ACCCAGAAACCAUGUCGCUCAGGCACAAGCUGGCUUCUUGCGCUAAGGGAGUGUUUCCCAUUUAAACAAACACAGGGCUGAAGAUGGCGGAGAGUUAAUAGUGGAAAAAAGAAACUGGUGUGCUGAAAGGAAUACGUUGGAAUUGGAUGUGAAGCUGAAUGAAGCUUGGUUUCGUCAUUCUCCACUGCUGAAGAGGUGCUGAUAUGUGUACAAGAUGAGCGGACUGGGAGACAACUCCUUGGAGCCGCUCUGCUCGGACCGAAAACGCAAGCUCUCCACCUGUGACACGCCCGGACUCGGGUGCGACAAGAGACGGCGGGAGCAGGAGAGCAAGUACAUCGAGGAGCUGGCCGAGCUGAUCUCCGCCAACCUCGGCGACAUCGACAACUUCAACGUCAAGCCGGACAAGUGCGCCAUCCUCAAGGAGACGGUGCGGCAGAUCCGACAGAUUAAAGAGCAAGGGAAAGCCUCCUCUAACGAUGAUGACGUUCAGAAGGCUGACGUGUCCUCCACGGGUCAGGGGGUCAUUGACAAGGACCAUCUGGGGCCACUUCUACUGCAGGCCCUGGACGGCUUCCUCUUUGUGGUCAACCGAGAAGGCAGCAUCGUCUUUGUGUCGGACAACGUGACGCAGUACCUGCAGUACAAACAGGAAGAGCUGAUUAACACCAGCGUCUACAACAUCCUCCACGAGGGCGACCAGGAGGAGUUCCACAAGAACCUGCCCAAGUCCAACAUGAACGGUGUGUCCUGGGGGGCUGAGGCGCCCAGACAGAAGAGCCACACGUUCAACUGCCGCAUGCUGGUGAAGUACUGCCACGGCCCUCCAGAGGAGGGCGCCAGCAGCCCGCGCUAUGAGACCAUGCAGUGCUUCGCCCUCACCCAGCCCAAAGCCAUGAUGGAGGAGGGGGAAGACCUGCAGUCCUGCAUGAUCUGCGUGGCCCGCCGGGUGACCGCCGUGGAGAGGACCGAGAGCUUCAUCACCCGACACGAGCUCUCAGGCAAGCUGAUCCAGAUCGACCACAACUCCCUGCGCGCCUCCAUGCGGCCCGGCUGGGAGGACCUGUGGCGCAGGUGCAUCCAGAUGUUCCUGCACCACAGCGAGGGCCAGCCCUGGUCACACCGCCGGCACUACCACGAAGCCUUCCUGCAGGGCCACGCCGAGACCCCCCUGUACCGCUUCUCCCUGUCCGACGGGUCUCCGGUCACAGCGCAAACCAAGAGCAAGCUGUGCCGCCACAGUAUGACCAAUGAGCCUCAGGGCUUCAUAUCCACACACCUGCUGCAGAGGGAGCAGAAUGGAUAUCGCACCAGCCAGGCUGGCAUGAUGCAGGGCGGAAUGAGGCCGCAGGGAAUGGGCAACGCCAACCCCAACCCCAACCCCAAUGCCCAAAUGAACAUGCCCCCUGGCGGCGGGAUGGGCAUGGGCAUGAACAGGGGCUAUGGCAUGAACGAGCAGGGUCACAUGGGCCAAACGGGAAACUCCAUGUACAGUGGCAGCAACAGGAUGAUGCAGAUGAAUCAAGUCAACCAGAUGAAUCAGAUGAAUCAGAUGAAUCCAAUGAAUCAAAUGAAUCCAAUGAACCAGAUGAAUCCAAUGAGUCAGAUGAAUCAGAUGAACCAAAUGAAUCAGAUGAAUCACCUAGGACCCGGAAUGCCGCAGCAGCAGCAGCAUCCUCCCUUCCAGGGCGGGGCAUAUGGGCUGGGCAUGAACAGCCCCUCCCAGAGCAGUCCAGGCAUGAACGUCCCCCAGCAGAACCUCAUGAUGUCCCCCAGGACGCGAGGGAGUCCAAAAAUGGGUGCCAGCCAGUUCUCUCCAGGAGGGAUGCCCUCUCCCAUGGGCCCGGGCAGCUCUGGAGGAGGGGGAGGAGGUGGGGGCCCAGGGGGGAGCAGCACCUUCUCCAGCAGCUCCCUCAACGCACUGCAAGCCAUCAGCGAAGGGGUGGGCAACUCGCUGUCGUCUGCUCUGACCUCACCAGCACACAAGCCCGACAGCUCUCCCAGCAUCAACUCCUCGCAACAACAGCAGCAGCAGGCUCAGUGUAAGCCAGGUCAUGUGGACUCCAAAAGCCCAUACAGUGCUGGUGGGGACCACCACCACCACCUGCACCAUCACCACCACACCCCCUCCGCUGACAACACCGGGGAGAGGCCCGACAGCCAGGCGGGCCUCCACGGCAGCAAGGAGGGCGGCGAGAAGGCCCCAGCGGGCCCCGCCAGCACCGAACCCCACAGGCGGGUCCCCGAGAGCAAGGGCCACAAGAAGCUCCUGCAGCUCCUGACCACGCCCACUGAGGAGCUGGGCCUCGGAUCCAGCGGCGGACCGCCCGCUCCCCCGGCCGCUGUCAGCACCCCCGCGGCUGCCGAUACCAAGGAUCCCGCCGGCUGCGUCACCAGCCCCACAUCCACCGGAGUCUCCUCCUCCUCUUCCUCCUCUGGGCAGGCCUCCGGGGGUGUGUCCUCCUCCGGCUCCGCCCACUACGCCGCCUCCCUGCAAGAGAAGCACAAGAUCCUCCACAAGCUCCUGCAGAACGGGAACACCCCGGACGAGGUGGCCAAGAUCACAGCCGAGGCCACGGGCAAGGCGUCGGGCCAGGCCCACGAGCCGGCGGGGGCGGAGCCGGGCGGGGCAGGGGCCGCGGGCGGGGGCUCAUCGGGGCCGGGGGCCACGGACACCAAGCAGGAGCAGCACAGCCCCAAGAAGGAGAAGACCCACGCCCUGCUGCACUACCUUCUGAACAAGGAUGACUCCAAAGAGCCCGCCGACAUCAAGCCAAAGCUGGAGGACCUGGAGGGCAAGGCCGGCCCGGGGGCCUGCAGCGGCUCCGCCAUCGCCGCCUCCACCCCCGAAAACGUGGAGAACAAGAUCAAGACUGAGCCCAGCGACGAGCUGGACACCCUAGAGACCAUCUUAGGAGGCCUGAGGAACUCCGGUUCCGGGUUCUACCCCGAGGCAGGAGCAGGAGGGGGAACCGACGGCGGCAGCAAGCGGCAGAACUGCCCUGACGACGGCGCACAGGGCAUGCCGACGGGCCCGCGCGCCCCGUUCCAGAGGGCCGUGUCCGUGGACGGGAAGCCGACCGGCGGGACGGGCGGGGCGGGGCGGCGCAGCGCCCCCUGUUCCAUGCUCAUCAAGCAGGAGAACAUGGACAGCCAGCGCAUGAUCGGGGGCCCCGAAAACUUCCCAGGGAACAUGGGAAUGAUGAACAGGGGAAUGGGCGUUCCCCAGCGCUCUCCCAUGGGCGGCUCCGGCGAUUGGGGGAUGUCGAGGUCGAGCGGCAGUCCGGUCGGGUCCGCGGGACACCCUUCCAUGAUCCGCCCCGGGAUGGACUACAACUCCAAAGCCAUGAUGGGAAGUCCCAUGGUGGGCAGGUCAAACACUGUUCCAGGCAACAGGUCAAUGCUGCAGCAGCAGCUGAUGGAAAUGGGUCCGAAUGACAUGAACAUGGGCAUGAGUCCCUUCAGCCAGCAGGGACCCAGCCAGUCCCCCUCCUGGUCUGAUGGUGUGAUGGGAAUGGACAACAGCCACAGCAGGCCGCAGUUUGGGAACCCCCUGGACGAGCUGCUGGUGCCCCCCUCCACCAGCGAGGGGCAGAGCGACGAGCGGGCCCUCCUGGACCAGCUGGACUCGCUGCUCAACAACACGGACGUGAUGGCGCUGGAGGAGAUCGACCGCGCGCUGGGCAUCCCGGAUCUGGUCAGCCAGGGGCAGGGCGGGGAGCAGCAGACAGAGCCUUUCCCUGGGCAGGAUCCCUCCAUGGUGAUGGAGCAGAAGCCCAUGUACAGCCAGGGCUACCCAGGCCCCCCGGGCAUGGCAAUGCAGCCGGGCUACAGCAGCAACCCCAUGCAGGGCCAGCCGGGCGGCUUCAACCCCAUGAUGAACCAGAUGGGCCCGCAGGGCAACUUCCCCAUGGCGGGCAUGCACCCCCGCGCCAGCAUGCGCCCCCGCAUGAUCAGCGCCGCCAAGCCCAUGCGACUGCAGCUGCAGCAGAGACUGCAAGGCCAGCAGUUCAUGAACCAGAGUCGCCAGGGCAACGCAGCAGGGGGGAACCCUGUGCUUCGACCGGGCAUGCAGCCAGGCAUGGGAGCACAGCCUGGGUUCCUGAAUGCCCAGAUGAUGGCACAGAGGAGCAGAGAGAUCAUGAACCACCAGCUGAGGAGGCAGAGGAUGAUGAUUCUGAUGCAACAGAAGCAGCAGCAGGCUGCGGCCGCCGCCGCGGGGGGGUUCAGCCCUCCUCCCAACGUCACCGCCCCCGCCGGGAUGGACAACCCAAUGGGUGGGCCCCCCAUGAACCAGCCGGGACAGCAGCAGUUCGCCUAUGGGGGUAACUAUGGGAUGAGCCAGCAGGGGGACCCCUCAUUUGUCCGUUCAGCUGGCAGCCCGCCCAACGCGAUGAUGUCAGGUCGCCUGGGCCCGCCUCAGAAUCCCAUGAUGCAACAGCACCCCCAGGGCGGCCCCAUGUACCAGACAGCAGAGAUGAAGGGCUGGCCACAGGGAGGCAUGCCCCGAAAUAAUUCGUACCCCCAGCAGCAGUUUGCCCAGCAGGGGAACCCGGGCUCAUACGGGGCCAUGAUGAUGAAUGGGGCCAUGCCAGUCAACGGCAGCGGGGGCCAUAUGGGGCAGAUGCCAGGGCAGAUGGGCAUGAAUCCCAUGGGUAUGGGGCGGAUGCCAAUGGGACCUGAUCAGAAGUAUUGCUGAGCUGGGAGCAGAGCCGCCUGUGUGCUAGCGGAGAGUCACUGUGAACCCUGCGGAGAAGCGCAUGCUCUGUGUGUGCAGGCUGCCUCUCUCUGCCCAUUUUAACAGACUGAGCCCUGCUCCUCCACUCCUGGCCCAAUAUGUGCAGUUUCUCACCUUAAGGACAAACCCCACAGGAUAUAGAGUACAACGUGCUGACACGUGGUGGGUGGGGCUACUACAUAUGUAAAUGUGAGACUGUGACACACACACACGCACACACACACAUGCACAUGAUGUGCGGCUCUCAUGUCUUCAGAGUCUAUAUCUAGUUUUUUGGAGGGGGGGUCUUAAUCUCUUGGCUGUGUCUUUUCCCCGCUGGAGGUACCUUCACUAACCUGACUACAUGGAAAAUGGUUUCAUCCAACACCGCGUGAAAAGGUCGCCUCAUAUGUAGAAUGUACAUCAUGCAGUAUUUAGCCUUUGAUGUGGGAACACUCACUUUGAAAUACGAUGGGUUAAGGUACUACGCAAAAAGAUUUUAGUUGCGGUUGCACUUUACGGAAAGGUUGAUAUUGGAAGGAUUGUUGCAAUAUUUCUUGGUCAUUAUAGCCUUAUUCAAAAAUUAAUGCACACAGCAAACCUUGUCAUUCUUUUGUUUUUCUUUCUUUUCUAAACGGGGACCCAUUUAAAUUGAAAAAAGGUUAUAAAUGAAAAGCAGUAAGCACAGAUGUCUAUAUUAUGCAGAUUUAAGCAAUAAUCUCUAUGCUUUAGGCUGAAAUUGACAUGGAGCAUCCUCUACUCAAAGCAAAGGUACUGCAGUAUUACAUGUGAUGUCACACAUUUUGAAUUUUCCUGUCUGUGAAUAUGAAUUGUAAAUAUGCUUAAAAUGUAUUAUAUGCUUUUGUAGGUCACAUACCAUUUUUGCACAGAUUGUAAGGCUUGAUAUUUAAAGUAUAAUUUUCUUAUUCUCUGUCUUGUAGGUCAAUACAGCUUUUAUUUCCAAUAUUUCAGUUUGGGAAGUAAAAGGAAGGGGGCCCUCUUUCACCAGUACUCAUAUUUAAGUAUGUAUUUCGAAAGCUGAAACAGCAAGGCCAUUUUAUUCUUUUAAGAAAGGCACUUUUUUAUUUCUGAAAUUAUAAUCAUGAAAUUGUUUUGUUUCCAGGAGGGUAGUUAAAGUGCUGAGUUGUAGUGUGAGCUUGUACUUUGAGAUUGCAUUUUAACAUAGCAAAGACCUUUUUAUAAACUUUCUCAACCAUACAUGUGAGACUAACAAGUAAGGCACACACAGGAUAUUCCCAGUCUGAUGAUUGUGGGGACUUCUGGUAACUGUGUAUGCAGAAGGUUGCAUUUAGGGACAGGCUUAUUUUUGGUUUUGGAUUAGCAUUGUACACACCUAGUACACAUCUGAUAAAUACUCCAUUCCUUUCUGGCAAUUCCAGUUUCACCCAUUUGCUGUGCCCUAGUCUUCUCUAAGCUUUGUCUGUGCAUUCUCACCAUAAUAAUCUAGUUUACCACUCAAAAUGGAGUUCAAAUCCAAGUCCAUCACCUGUCUUAAGAAGCUGUACAAAUAUCUGUGAGAAACCAGGGUUUGAAGGUAGGGCUAUAAACACAGUCCUGUGAGAGCUUUACCUGGUUUGGGACAGACUGUGAAACAUGCUUUCAUUUAACUUAGCGGUGCUUAUAUUAGGAUUCAGAAAAAGGGUUGAGAUGGAGGAUGUUUUUAUCUAUUUAAUUAUUCUCCUACCUUAGUCUUUAAGGUCCCUUUGGGCCUUUUUAUUUUCAUUUAAUUUUGAUUUGCCUUUCUUUACACUUGAUACUCUGAGAGGUCUACCUUGUAAGACAUGCGGAAUCCAAAGAUUUUUUUUUUUCCCCUGUGUUUCAAAUAGUUUCUGGUGUUGAUGGUCUACAUGCAUUUCUGCAUGUGUACGUUAGGGUACACACGCAGAUGCAUAUGAAUAUAUAUUAUAUUAUUUUGUAUAUUGUAUGAUACAGUGUAGAAUUAAUCUGUUUUUCGGUCUGCAAUGCUCAUGCUUAUUUUGCUCAUUGUCUUCAAAUAAAUGGCCAGUGAACAGCCUCUGGCAGUGUUGCAGGGGAAGAGGGUGUUUUAGAGACUCUUUGCUGGUGAACCCUAUGUCUGUUUAUCAAAAGUUGCAGUGAAAUUUAAACUCAUUGAGAAAGCAAGACUAAACGUUAACCCAUCUAUUAGAAUGACACCAGAAUUGCAAGUGUUAAAAGACAAUUGCUGUCUUUUUAAUUUCAUAGGAUUUUUUUUUUUUUUUGAAGUAACAGUAAGGACUGGGUUUGCUUCUUCAAAAAAUGAAGCUGAGUGGAUUUUUUAAUAAUUAUUCUUAAUGAAGUAAAUUCAAAAGAUAGAAAUGCAUACAAAAAAUACAGCAGGACAUCUGUCUAUGCUCCGCUUUUAAUGAUUGAAAAAAUAAAAAAAUCCUCCUUGCUCUGUACUCUUUGUUAAACGAAAAAGAGAAAAAGUAACAUUAAAAUUAUGCCGUCAUAAUUUCAGGAUGUAAAUUACUGUUGCAUUUUUUUCUUACUUGUUUCUUGAUGUUAAUAUUGAUGUAAAUACAAAUUUCUAUUUAAAA